AUGAACCAGGCGGCCCGCCAGAACGAGAAGAAUGAGAAGGAGUUGCGCGCAAUGCUCAAGGAGGAGGGCAAUAAGCGGUGCAUGACGUGCACGCAGCGCAUGCCCAACAACUGCGUCUUCCCCUUCGGAACCUUCGUGUGCAACGCGUGCAGCGGGGUCCACCGCGAGUACCAGUUCCGAAUCAAGUCCGUGGCCAACUCCACGUUCAAGCCGGAGGAGAUGGAGGUGAUGCGGCAGGGGGGUAACGAUGCCGCACGCGCCAGGUGGCUCGCCCGCUGGUUCGGCACCGAAGACGAGCACAACUUGCCCCUGCCAACAAACACCAACCAAACAGCACUGCGAAAGUUCAUCAAGUUGGUCUUCGUGGAGGAGAAGUUCAAGGCACAGGGUGCGCAGGCGGGGAUUCCCCAGCAGCGACCCCCGCAGCAGCAGCAGCCUCAGCAGAUGGGCGGUAUGUUCGCCGGGAUCCAAAUUCCGCAGAGGCCCCCGCAGGUGCAGGCGCCCGCCGCGCCGGCUAACGAUCCGUUUGGGCUCGGAGGUUUUGACUCGCCGGCGGCGGCGGCGGCGCCUCAGCCGCCGCCCCAGCAGGCGGCUUCGGAUCCCUUCGGGUUGAUGGGAGCCGCGGCGGCGCCCGCACCGGCGCCCGCGGCGGGUGGUUGGGACGCUUUUGGGUCCGCACCGGCACCGGCAUCGGCCCCCGCGUCUGCUCCCGGUCUCGGAGCGUUCUCCAUGCCUCCACCUCCCGGAGGUCUGGCUGCUCCACCGGCGGCGGGAGGUCUGGCUGCUCCACCCGCGGCGGUACCUGCGCCCGCGCAACCGGCUCCGGCGCCGUCCGAUCCCUUCGGGAUGAUGGGCGGCCCCGCUCAAGCCCCGGCACCUGCGCCGGCGGCGUUCUCGAUGCCAGCUCCGCCCGCGGCGGCACCCGCGCCGGCUCCAGUGGCUGGUGGAUGGGACGCGUUCGGCUCUGGCGCUCCCGCUCCCGCUCCCGCUCCCGCUCCCGCUCCCGCUCCCGCUCCCGCUCCCGCUCCCGCUGCCGGUGGAUGGGAUGCAUUCGGAACGGGAGCGCCUGCGGCUGUCCCCGCUCCAGCACCCUCCGCGCAAGGUGGCAUGUUCGGUGGCAUGUCAGUCCCUUCUGCCGCCCCUGCAGAGGCUGUCCCUGCGCAGCCUCCAGUGGAAUCAAAGCCCGCAACUCGCAAGAUGAUCGAAGAUGAUCUCUUCAGCGACGGGGGCAUGGGCACCCCAGGCGUCAUGGGUGGACUGGGCGGCACGGCUUCCAACGGCAUGACGAGCGGCAUAGGCGGUAUGCCCCAGCAGCAGAUGGGAGGCUUGGGAUCAACGCCUUAUGCGGGAGGCAUGCAUCAGCCCAACGGCAUGCAGGGCGGCAUGGGCAUGCCCCAACAACAUCAUAUGGGGAGUAUGGGCGGCAUGGGCAUGCCUCAACAGCAUCAUAUGGGGAGUAUGGGCGGUAUGGGGGGCAUGGGGAUGCCUCCUCAGCAGCAGCAGCAAAGAGCACCUCAGCAGCAGAUGGGCGGAAUGGGUGGCAUGAUGGGAGGCAUGCCCCAACAACAGCAGAUGGGAGGGAUGCCUCAGCAGCCCCAAAUGGGCGGCAUGGGUGGCACGAUGGGAGGAAUCCCUCAGCAGCCCCAAAUGGGCGGCAUGGGCGGCAUGGGCGGCAUGGGCGGCAUGGGAAUGGCUCAAAUGGGUGGCAUGGGCGGCAUGGGAAUGGGAGGCAUGUCCGCCCCCGCUGUCGGCGUUUCAGAUCCCUUUGGCGCCUCUGUGAGUGCCGCGCCCGAGGCCCCAGACCCCUUCGCUUCCCUCGGUGGAUCGAUUGGAAUAUCGGCACCCAAGCCCAAGCCUAAGCCCGCGUCCGCUCCCGCGCCUCAGCCAAUGAACGGCCAGAUGAACGGGAUGAUGGGCGGUGUGGGAGGCAUGCCUCCGCAGCAGCAGCAAAUGGGCGGCAUCAUGGGAGGGAUGCCUCAGCAGCCCCAAAUGGGUGGCAUGAUGGGGGGCGCACCUCAAAUGGGAGGGAUGCCCCAGCAGCAGCAGAUGGGCGGGAUGGGCAUGUUUGGGGGAUCAGGCAUGGGUGGAGGCAUGAUGGCACCUCAGCAGCAACAGCAGCCGAAUAUGUUUGCAGGAAUGUCUGCUCCGGCUCCCGCGGCACAACAGAAGUCUGCUUACGAUGCCAGCAAUCCGUUUGCUAGCAUGUAA